CCCGCUGCACUUAAGCGCCGUGACCGGCGCUGCCCCGCGUUCGGCCGGGCCAUGGAGGUGGCGCGGGAUUGCGUGGGAUCGCUGCUGCGAUCUUUCAUAUCCAUGGGAGCAUCUGUAGGAGCAGUAACAAAACAGACCCUGUUCCCUCCUCUCAUGCCUGCAGGGCGCCCUUUCCGUGUGUCCAAUGCCUCCCGAAGCAGCCGGAAGGGAAUUGUUGCAAGCAGCCUGCAAGAGCUCCUCAGCAAGACUUUAGAUGCCUUCUUUAUAACUGCUGGAAUAGUUACUCUGGUAUUGGAGGAAGAUGGCACAGUUGUGGACACAGAAGAUUUCUUCAAGUCCCUGGAUGACAAUACACACUUCAUGGUUCUCGAAAAUGGGCAGAAAUGGACACCAACAAAAAAUGGAGUUGUUGCUGUGAGAAAAAAGAAGAAAAUGGGAGUAGCUAACAUCACAUUUGAUCUGUACAAACUGAACCCUAAGGAUUUUAUUGGCUGCUUAAACAUCAAGGCAACCUUCUAUGAGAUCUACUCUAUCUCAUAUGACAUCAAAUGCAUGGGAGCAAAAAGUGUAUUGAGGAAAGUGAUCCAGCUGAUAUCCCAUGCAGCACAAAUAACUGGACAGUUUCUGCUCUAUACUGGAACAUAUAUGUUGCAGUUGCUGGGUGAAUAUGAUGAAGAAGACAUGUGCACGAGAUCCAGGCGGGAGUAGUGACCACAACUUCUGAUGUCGAAUCCUUUCACUUAAAGAUAUUUUCUUGUCCAGUUCUGAUUGUAACAAUGUUAUAGUAGGGGGAUGUGCACUACUGUGAACUAGCAUUUUUCCUGUUUGGGAGUGCUUGUGGGCUUUAGUCAUGAAGUGUUGGAUGUUCACAGGCUCUUAACACCACAAAAAGAUGGGUGCCUAAUGUCUGAGAAUCUGGCAAAAGGAAAGAGAGGGCAGGUUUUUGGCCCAGAAAUUCAAAAUUAAGAAUAAGUAUACUUGGAAAUCUUUAUGCUUUGUAACCAAUUAAAUAUUUUUUUGCACCAAUCAGGA